AUGGUUUCUCUGAAGUCAAAAAGUAAUUUGCCAUGUGUUAUGUUUGGUGAUUUGAAUGAAAUAAUUAGUCCGAGUGAGAAGGAAGGGGGUGUCCCUAGAAGUGAGAGGCUCAUGGAUGCAUUUAGAGGUGCUAUUGAUAAUUGUUGCCUUCGAGAUCUGGGUUUUAAAGGAAGUAUUUUCACUUGGGAAAGAGGAAGUUCCAUGACGACUUAUGUGUGUGAACGAUUGGAUAGGUUCCUUGCUGAUGACGGAUGGGUGUCCUUAUUUCCAGAAUAUGAAGCUAGAAAUUUCCCUAUUUACAGCUCUGACCAUGCUCCAAUUAUGGUGUCCGUAAAGAAGAGAGAGGAUACUGUGGCAAAUGGCAAGAGCUUUCGGUUUGAGCCUCUCUGGCUUUCCUGGGAAGAAUGUGGGGAGAUUGUGGAUAGAAGCUGGCAUGCGAGUCUCGCUAUGGACAUUAAUCAGAAAAUUGCUCGAUGUGGCGUGGAGUUGAGUUCAUGGGCGGGUAAGACGUUUGGCUCGAUCAAAAAGAAAAUUAAAAAGGCCGAACAAAAGCCGCGUGAGUUGAAGGAAGGUACAAUGGAUGGUCCGACCUUGGACUUGUGUAAAAAUUUAUCCGAGGAGCUUGAUUCUCUCUAUUUGCAGGAAGAAUCCUUUUGGUUUGCUAGAGCCCGCGCAAAUGAACUUAAAGAUGGUGAUAAAAACACAAAAUAUUUUCACCACAAAGCUAGCCAACGAAGAGCAAAAAAUCGCAUCUUUGGUUUAAUGGACUCGAAUGGUGUUGUGCUUCACCAACGUGUUGACUUGGAGCAUCUCAUUGAGGCUUAUUUUAAUGAUCUCUUUGCAAUGAGUUCGCCGAUGGGGUUUCAAGGUGCAUUUUAA